AUGGCGGGCGAAGUACGCCAACCGAUAGAUCUGCCCUCUUUGGAGCGCUACCUCAACCAGAACGUGCCUGCGGUCAAGACCCCGCUGGAUUUGAAGCAGUUCGGCUUCGGUCAAUCAAACCCAACAUACCAAAUCACUACUGCCGAUGGACGGAAGCUCGUGCUGCGUAAGAAGCCACCCGGCAAGCUGCUCUCGAAGACCGCGCACCGAGUCGACCGAGAAUACCAGGUCAUUCGGGCCCUUGGGAAUACCGAUGUACCUGUACCGGAGGCCCUUUGCCUUUGCGAAGACAGCAGCGUGAUUGGCACCCCAUUCUACAUCAUGGAGUUCUUGGACGGUCGUCAUUUUACCGACCCAGCGAUGCCUGGAGUGAGCCCGGCGGAGAGGAACGCUCUGUAUGAGGAAAGAUGGAAAUCUGCCGUCGAAACGUUAGCCAAAUUCCACGCGGUCGUCCCCAAAUCCGUUGGUCUCGAGAACUUCGGCAAGCCCUCCGGAUUCUACGAUCGACAAAUCGCGACCUUCACAACCGUCUCCAAAGCUCAAUCUCAAGUCCUCGAUAAAGAUACCAAGGAGCCCGUCGGUGAACUGCCGCACUUUAAGGAUAUGGUGCAAUUCUUUGCCCAGAAGUCGACCCAGCCACGCGACCGCGGCACGUUGGUGCACGGCGACUACAAGAUUGACAACAUGAUCUUCCACAAGACCGAACCGCGGGUCAUUGGCAUUUUGGACUGGGAAAUGGCCACAGUCGGACAUCCCUUGUCCGACUUUUGUAACCUGACCAGCCCGUAUAUCAUGGAUGGCGCCGAGCACUCCAAGGAAGAAUUCCAGCCUGGGCACAUUCCUGGCCUCCCCUCGCGGGAGGACUGCGUGCGCUGGUAUACGGCGGUCUCUGGAUACAACCCGGCAGAUGAUAUUCUAUGGGGAGAUGCGUUCUUCGCCUUCCGAGGGUCUGUGAUUAUGCAGGGUAUUGCGGCGCGAUACGCUGCUCGACAGGCCAGUAGCGCCCGGGCUGGUGAUUAUGCCAAGCGGGCCAAGCCAUUUGCCCUGGAAGCUUGGGGCCGAGUGAAGCAGGUGCAGGAGUUAUCCAAGCAGAAGGGUAAACUGUAA